CGGGAUAACUGCGUUUUCAAUUGGGUGAUCAACAAUAUCGAAACCGGACUUGUGAAUGAGGUAUCACAGUACGCAACCGCCUCUGAUCUAUGGGAAGGAUUGGCGAUCACUUAUGGAAGUGGAUCUGAUCCAUUCCAAAUCUAUGAUCUGCACCGACAAGCCAUGACAAUCAAACAAGAAUCUAUGACACUAGAAGGGUUGUGGAUCAAAAUGCAGGACUUAUGGAUCUCGAUUGAUACCAGAGAUCCGAGUCCGACAGACAUAGAGGGAUAUCAGAAGAGGGAGGAGCGCCAUCGCCUCUAUCAAUUUCUAAGUGCAUUGGAUGACAAAUAUGCUAAUAUCAAGAGGGAGAUUAUGGACAAGGAUCCAUUACCAACUGUUCGAAGAGCCUACGGACUGGUACGAAGGCAGGCCACAAACGAGGAUAUCCUCAAAUCCUCUGAAUCGCCGACCGUAGGAAUCGGGUCCGGACUCGCCGCGGUCAACCACAGCCGACCACCACCGCUCUCCAAUCGACCACAGCAAGGAAAUCAAACCUGGAACAACAGGAAAGGGGAAAUCGACAAGAGCAAACUCGUUUGCACACACUGUGGAGGUAAAAAACAUACCAAGGAGGGAUGUUUCUUACUCAUCGGAUUUCCCGAAUGGUGGGACGAAAUGAAGAAAUCAAGAGCUGCGUCCAAAAAUCGGAAUCAACCGUGGAGUCCGAAUGGACAAGCGACGGUGGCGAUCAGCGGCACAAGACCGACGUCAAUCGUGUCUGCUGCAACGACUGGCGGGGCGUGGUCAGGCGGUGAUACACGAGCCGCCAACGCCGGAACUCCGGCAGGCAACGUCGGACCACCACCGCCACAGACGCGCAUUAACGAGGAGAGAGGAGGUGCCCUGGCGGCUAGGGUUCACGAAGGGGAAGGAUACGAGGACGGGGAAGAUAGUUGGGCGUGGCACUGAAUAUCGAGGACUCUACUAUGUGGAUAGGAUGGCUCAACAGGGUGCUGCGAUGCUAACUCAAGGACUGGCAGAGGAACAGACUUGGCUUUGGCAUAGGCGGUUAGGACAUCCAUCCAUAGGAUAUUUACGGUUAAUUUAUCCAAACCUUAUUACUUCACACCCUUUGAACUGUGAGACAUGUUUUCUGGCUAAGAGCCAUCGUCACUCUUUUAAACUUAAUAAUACUCGUGUGAAGUCAGUUUUCUCUUUACUUCACUCUGAUGUUUGGGGUCCAGCUCCGGUUACUA